AUGACGGCAGGAUAUGAAACAACAUCAACUACACUGGCGUAUGCAACAUAUGUACUUGCCAAACAUCCUGAAAUGCUUCAGAAAUUUUCGGAUGAAAUUGACCAGCUUCCAUUGGACAAUAAUAAUGACUCCAACGAAGAAGCAAAUUAUAAAUAUCUAGAUUAUGAGAUAGCCGCGCAGAUGUCUUAUAUGGUUAUGUUCGUUUUCGAGAUCUUAAGAAUGCAUCUUAUUGUUAAUGCAGCAAUUGAACGAUAUGCCUUUGAAGCCACGAUCGUACAAGGAAUCUUAAUUGAAAAAGGUACUUUGGGGCAUGCUGAUAUUUAUUCAAACCAUUUCGAUCGUGAACUUUGA